AUGAAGAUAACGGGUGCUUUUGUGAGGGCAGCUCUAGCCCUUUGCUGCUGCUUGGGUACUGCCUUUGGAGUUGAGGUUGAUUGCAGCCUAUAUUCUGGUGGCAUUAGCAAAGAUGGAACAUCCUGGGUAGCUUGCCCAAGGGACCUGAAACCAGUCUGUGGCACUGAUGGCAACACAUACAGCAAUGAGUGUGGGAUCUGCCUCUACAACAAGGAACAGAGGGCCAGCGUGGGGAAGGAACAUGAUGGAGAAUGCGAGCCAAAGUCUGUCGUGAUCGAUUGCAGUAAUUACCCAAAAGCUGUACUAGAUGAUCAUGUCCUGGUAGCAUGCCCAAGGAUAAUGAGACCAGUGUGUGGCUCAGAUAGCUUCACUUAUGACAACGAAUGCGGGAUCUGUGCCUAUAAUACAGAACACGGCACCAAUGUUACCAAAAUACAUGACGGAGCAUGCAAGGAGUCUUUUGUUGUUGACUGCAGUAGGUACCCAACACAAGUCACUAAAGAUGGCAAAGUAUUAGUAUCCUGUCCAAGGAUCCUGAAUCCAGUUUGCGGCACAGAUGGCAACACAUAUGAUAACGAAUGUGGGAUCUGUGCCCACAAUGGAGAACAAAGAACCCAUGUUGGCAAAAAGCAUGGUGGAAAAUGCAGACAGGAGACUUCUGAAAUUGAUUGCAGUCAAUACCCAGCAAAAACAGUUAAGGGUGGCAAGUCCCUGGUUCGCUGCCCAAGGAUGCUGCUCCCAGUCUGUGGCACAGACGGAUUUACUUAUGACAACGAAUGUGGCAUCUGUGCCCAUAAUGUACAACACGGGACUGAUGUUAAGAAAAGCCAUGACGGAAGAUGCAAGGUGGAAAGUACUCCCGUUGACUGUACUGCAUACCUGAGAAAUACCAAGACCGGCGAAGCUAUCGGAGCCUGCCCCUUCAUCCUGCGGGAGCUCUGCGGGACAGAUGGUGUCACCUACAGCAACGACUGUGCUCUCUGUGCCCAUAACAUUGAAUAUGGGACUGAGGUUGCCAAGAAGCACGAUGGAAGGUGUGUAGAGGAAGCUCCUCAACUCAACUGCAGCAAGUACCCAGUGUCCACACUGAAGGAUGGCAGACAGCUGUUGGCCUGCACAAUGAUCUACGAUCCUGUCUGCGGUACCGACGGUGUCACUUACGCCAGCGAGUGUACACUGUGUUCCCACAACAUGGAGCAUCGGACCAACCUUGGCAAGAGAAAGAAUGGACGUUGUGAAGAGGAUAUUACAAGGGAGCUUUGCAAGGACUACAAAGAUGUCUCUCCUAUGUGCACCUUGGAAUAUAUGCCCCACUGUGGCUCUGAUGGCAAAACAUACAGCAACAGGUGUAUGUUCUGCAACGCCCACGUGGAAAGCAAGAGAACUCUGAACCUCCUGAGUUUGGCUGAGUGCUAA